CACGGAGGGCGGCUCCGCGGGGCCCAGGGGCUGGGCGCUACCCCGAGAUGGAGAAGUUCAAGGCUGCCAUGCUGCUGGGGGCGGUGGGGGACGCUCUCGGGCACAGAAACGCUCGCAAGGACAGCAGCGCUUCCGGAAGGAAGGUCCAGGAGGAGCCGCGGGCGAGCGGGGGCCAGGACCAGCUGGUGCCGUCCCGGGAGAGGUGGCCGGUGAGUGACAACACCAUCAUGCACCUGACGACGGCCGCGGCCCUGACCACAGACUACUGGUGCCUGGAUGACCUUUACCGAGAGAUGGUGAGGCGCUACGUGGAAGUCCUUGAGAAGCUUCCAGAACAUUGGGCUGACCCAGCUACCCUGGAAGGCUGCUCACAGCUGAAGCCGGAUAACUAUCUCCUCGCCUGGCACACGCCUUUCAACGAGAAGGGCUCAGGGUUUGGAGCUGCCACCAAAGCCAUGUGCAUCGGCAUGCGGUACUGGAAGCCGGAGCGCCUGGAGACCCUUGUGGAAGUGAGCAUCGAGUGUGGCAGGAUGACGCACAACCACCCCACAGGCUUCCUCGGGUCCCUGUGCACGGCUCUGUUUGCAUCUUACGCCGCGCAAGGAAAGCCACUGGAGCAGUGGGGCAGAGACAUGAUGCAGACGGUACCGCUGGCAGAGGAGUAUUGUAAGAAGACCAUCCGGCACCUGGCAGAAUACCAGGAGCACUGGUUUUACUUUGAGGCAAAAUGGCAGUUUUACUUGGAGGAGAGAAAAAUCGGCGAAGAUACGGGAAGUAAAGCCACCUUCCCUGACCGCUACGACGCGGAGGAGAGAGAAAAGGCUUACCGGAAAUGGAGCUCUGAAGGCCGAGGGGGCCGGCGGGGCCAUGAUGCCCCCAUGAUUGCCUACGACGCUCUCUUAGGAGCUGGGGACAACUGGACAGAGCUCUGCCAGCGGGCCAUGUGUCAUGGAGGCGAGAGCGGGGCCACAGGGACUAUCGCGGGCUGCCUGUUCGGGCUGCUGCACGGCCUGGACGCGGUUCCCACGGGCCUGUACCAGGACCUGGAGCACAAGGAGGAGCUGGCACGCCUGGGCGAAGCCCUUUACCGCCUGUCCACUCAGGAGAAGUAAAGCUCUCCCACCACGUCCCUUCAGGGAGCCGCGUCCAGCUCUGGGCGCCCUGGGGUCCACGUGCUGGCCACGGCCCUCCUGAGCGUGCGACACGCCUGAUCAGCCAUAAUCACACUCUUAACUCUUUCCUCCUGAUUUCAGAGCCCUAACUGCCGAAUGAAAUGCCCUGUUUGUCCUUCGAGAUUGUUUGUCCUUCCCUAACCCAGACCCAGAGCCUCUUGCGGGAUCUGCUACCCACAAGCCUCCACACACAGUGGCACAAACAGUCUCCGGGACAAUCAGCGUGCUUCACUCUGUGCAAAACUAACGCUGCUCGCUCACUCACGCCCACACAACUAACCACGACAGCUGUGCUCGGACGCGUGACCCGGCCACCGCCUCGAGGGCAGGGCCGCCGGCACCGGGUCUUGUGAAGCAGCGAGAGAGAGCACGGCACUUCGCCGCACGGCCAACGGUUUUUAAUCACACUAGAUCUUUAAAACCAAACCCUUCUGCAACAAGUGACAGAAAACCAGGAAAUAAAGGGCUCUUGUGUGACACCCGCAUCUUCUGUGUGGUCUGAGCCAAGUCCCGGGGGCAGGGGAGCCCCCCAGACUUGCUGCUGAGGGCUCGGGGCCGUCUCUGUCUGUGAGUCUUGGAUAAGAGAGCACGCUCUGGUUAAAAAUAACCUUGGACACGGUCCUUUCCAAGGAGCAUCUGGUGUGAAUAAAAGAGCAGUUGGUAUUUUGUGUUUAACAUGGCGCUUUGGCGGCUAGGCUGGGGCCGGCCCCGCGGCGGCAGCGCUGUUUCCACGGAAGGCCGCCUCUGAGCAGGCCGGUGGCCCCCGGAGCCCCCGGGCUCACUCCCUCGCUUCUCAGGUCUGCACGAAGGCCUCCAGUGGGCGGCUCACAAGGAGGCCUUCCUGAAUAACAACUAACCUUUGCUGCUGCUGGUGCUUUUCGGCGGGAAGAGCCAGACACAGGGUGGCCCCGGCUGGGGGGUGGGGACGUGGACCAGCCCACUCCCGCAGGAGCCCAGGCCCCGCAGAAGUAGGUGGGUGCUGUCCCAGGCCAGGGCCACGGCCGGGCCCCAAGAGGGCUCCUUGGUCUCCGUUAGGAGGAAUCCAUCCUGGAGAAUCAGGAAAUGGGUCUGCUUACUGGUGGAUUAUAAAACAUAAACAGUCACAGGAAGCACUGGACUGUCUCCACCUCACUGUCCUGCUGUAGAGAAACACAAGCACUGACAGAAACAGAACCGUGACAAGUGACGAGGUGAACGCAUCUGUGAUUUCGUGUUUAUUGUAAAGGAAACACGCACACGGCCUUAGAGACUUGUCGCCACGUGUGCUGGUGGGUGCAGAGCAAGAGGACCUGGUGCCCAGCCAGGGUCGUGCCCCCCGGGCCCCUCGAGCGCCCCUGGAAGGGGGGUCUGCACGGUGCGCUCAGCGCUGUACACGCACACGCCCUUCCCAGCUGCUGGCGAUAUUCUACCUGCUCGUGAGCCCUAACACAUGUGACUCAGUGGUUCCCACUUCUGAAGUGACUGCUCCCGAUUCGGCACAUCCGCUGCAGGUGUGGGUCCUCGUGUAGAUGGCAUCCUGGCUGGAGCGGCACCUGGAGACCUGGGGUCAGAGGCCACGGGCUUGAGACAGCAGCCCCCAUCACUAGGGAAGGGUUUGCGCUCUGGCAGCCCCCGUGCCCACUGAGACAGGCACCCAUGGGGGACGGGGACAGGCAUCCACAGGGACAGGUGCCUGAGGGGACAGGUGCCCACGAGACAGGGACAGGCAUCCACGGGAACAGACACCCAAGGGGACAGAGGCCAUGGGGACAGGCACCCACAGGGAUAGGCACCCAUGGGGGGCAGGGACAGGCAUCCACAUGGACAGGUGCCUGAGGGGACAGGUGUCCAUGGGGGCAGGGACAGGCAUCCACGGGGACAGGCACCUGUGGGAACAGGCACCCAAGGGGACAGAGGCCAUGGGGACAGACACCCACAGGGAUAGGCACCCACAGGGAUAGGCACCCAUGGGCGCGGGGACAGGCAUCUCCAUAAGGACAGACGCCCAUGGAGACAGGCACCCGUGGGGACAGGUGCCCACAGGGACAGGCACCCAAGGGGACAGAGGCCAUGGAGACAGGCACCCAAAGCUCCAGUGGUAGAGCAGGUCCUCUGUUCUGCUCACAAGUUUCCAGACUUCAGGCUCAUUUGAUUAAUUCCUGUCCCCAGGCUCUUUGGUGAAGAAGUUUUGUGUUUAGAUCUUGAAUCGUUGUUCCCCAUGUUUCCGUAUCUGGAAGGCAGGUGGCAGUGUGUCUGGCAGACACUGGAGCCCCUCUGACAGCUGGGGAAAUGAGAUCAGAAGGGUCCACUCGGAGGGGCCAAAGGGCCACCCACGGGUGCACACGGGCCUCAGCCCCACCACUGGGGGGGGUCCCCCAGGUCAGAGAGGCAGUGCCUGGUGCUAUCCCGGCCCAUUGUGCAAGGGCGGUCAGAGCCCCUUGUGAAUGGAGAAUUCGAACCCAGCCUGCCUGACGGCCCAGCUCCUGCUUGUGAGCCGCCCACCAGCCUCCCCAGUUCAGCCAGACUUGCCCCCAGCCCUGGGCCCACAGGCACCUGGACCAGACAGCACAGGAAACAGGUGUCCACAGAGGGAACUGGAAAUACCCCUUAUUUCCGAGGAGGUCAUGGGGACACAGACACCAGGGAGACCUCCAGGCCUGUGGGCGCUGGUGCCUUCAGGGCCCGGAGCCCACCUGUGGGCUCUUGGCCCUGCGUCCAUCCUGCCCCAUUCUGAUAGCUUGUUUUCAAGAAUGUUAAAAUAGGCAAAAAGCCACAAUAUAGCCCAAAGAUCUCUCUCACCCAGCCGCACCAACUGGGCCAAUCGCUGCCAUUAAUAUUGGGCCACAUGGGCCCAGUGUCUCUCAGUGAGGACAGAGCACAGAUGCUCCCAGCGUGGCUGUGCCCUGGCGUGAGGGGAGGGGCGCCUGCCUGCCUGCGUCAGCCCCAGGGCCUGAGUCAGCCGGACUGCAGGCUCCGGGCAGCAGAAGUGGCCUGCUGGGUGAGGUGGCCACCAAGUGCCCACAGGGAG